GUCAACACAUAAUAAACAAUGUCGAUUUCGCUUGUUCAACAAAAUACGCUUUAACGGUUUUAAUAUUUUACUUAUAUUCUCUUUUUAUCAAGAAAAGCGAUAUUAACAUUAAGGAAUUAACUAAUCAACAUCAGCGAGACAAUGUCUUCUGAAAAAGACCCAUUAGUUAGCGAAAGAUCGGGAACCGUUCGAGAAGUUGGAAAUCACGCAAUUUGGAGUUUGUCGUCUUGUAAGCCAGGGUUUGGUAUAGAUCAGUUAAGAGAUGACUGCAUGGAUACAUACUGGCAAUCUGACGGGCAACUUCCUCACUUAGUGAACAUUCAGUUUCAAAGGAAAACAAUGGUGUCCCACAUCUACAUAUACACAGAUUACAAGCUCGAUGAAAGUUACACACCCAGCCGGAUAUCGAUUCGAGCUGGAACACAUUUCAAUGAUUUACAAGAAAUUGAAGUGAUUGAACUGAUUGAACCUAGUGGUUGGGAAAUGAUACCAAUCAAGGAUAUUCAUGACAGGCCAAUCAGAACCUACAUGAUCCAAAUAGCAGUACUCAGCAACCAUCAAAAUGGAAGAGAUACACAUAUGCGCCAAAUCAAAAUUCAUUCACCCUGUGAACCAACAUCAUUUGAUAUUAACAAGUUCAGAAAUUUCUCUACAGUACAGUUCCAACAAUAUGCUACUAUACGUUAGGAGUUUCUAUACUCUAAUAUUAUUUUAUAAAAACAUUUGAUUAAGAUAUUAUAUUGUAAUUUUUUUUUCUUAAUAUAUCAGCUGACUCAUGUGUUUUAAUG